AUGUGUGAAGAUUUAUUAGUUUGUUUAUUUGGCUAUGGAAGUAUCCUAUGGAGACCUGGAUUUCCAUAUGUAAGAAAAUUCAAUGCUUAUAUUAAAGGAUAUAAAAGAAUGUUCUACCAAGGAAGUACGGAUCACAGAGGAACUCCUGAAGCACCUGGUAGAGUUGUAACAUUGAUUCAAAAACCAAAGGAUUAUAUAGAGGACGAUUGGAUUACAUGGGGUACUGUUUAUUGUAUUCCCGACGAAGAAGCAGAGAUCAUUUUAAAGAAUCUAGACUACAGAGAGAAAGGUGGAUACGAGAGAAUAGAAACCGAUGUCUAUGUCAACGGAAAAGACACUCCACAUGGAAAAGCAUUGUUAUAUUUAGCAUCCAACGAUAAUAACGAGUAUUUGGGUGCCGAUACGAUCGAUAAUAUUGCACUACAGAUCUUCAAGUCGGUGGGACCAAGCGGAAGAAACUUGGACUACCUAUUGAAGCUUGCCGCCAGCUUACGAAAGAUGGAGGUUGUCGACGAUCACGUUUUCGAUCUCGAAUCGAAAGUACUGGAACUCAUGAAACUUCAUAACAUUUCACAUUCGCACGAGGGUCACGUCGCCAGCAGGCUACUGGCAGACAAUGGCGCGCAAACCAACAACGCCUCACAUGACGACUCGUCGACCUCUGGCGACGAAACAGCGAUCUCUGCGAUUACACUGUCUGCUGCACAAGAUAUUGCAGCAGAGACAUUGAUGCUUCAAAAGAAAUACUUUACCGAGCCAAAAGGUUCGAUCGUAAUCGAUAGCGGCGCAGUACAAGCAAUUAGUCAGCGCGCCAAAUCAUUGUUGGCCAUCGGAAUCAUCAGGGUGGUUGGAUCAUUCGAAUGCGAUUCACUCAUCUCCAUAUUGGACACCAACAAUCAAGAGAUCUCCAGAGGUAUCACCAACUACAGCAGCGAGGAAAUAUCGAAACUCAUUGGAACACACUCUGGAAAGAUCAAUCAAGUUUUAGGAUUUACAAGAGGUGAAGAAAUUGUAGAAAAUAAAAAUUUAAUUUUAAUUAAUUUCGAUCGAAAAUCAAUCAUGAUAGAGAAAAAACAAAUUUUAUACGUUUUACUUUUUUCUUUUAUGGCAGUCAUUGCUUUCCAGAUCUAUGUGACAACCAACAGUACAGAUAAUCAGAGUUGUCCACAACUACACGAAGUAUUGGAACAACAGAAACACUAUCAAUCGAAAAUCGAGGAAUCACUUCGCGACGUCAACAGAAAGCUGAGUAAUAUUGGAUCGUCCGGUAGUGCAACCGGAAAUGGAUUGGUUGUAAACGAUGGCAUGCCAAAGAAGAAAGACUAUAUGGCGCCAGAGGAUUACGAAGAUAUCGCCCAGGAGUUGCUGGCACGUCAGAAGCAAUCGCGUGCCAACAUUCCAAACACCUGUUUCCCACUCGACGGCAAGACACUCUGUCUUCCGAAUUUCAUUAUCAUCGGAGCGAUGAAGGCUGGAACUACCUUCCUCGACUACUACAUCCAACGUCAUCCACUGGUUGCCAAGCACACCAAGAAGGAGAUUUGGUAUUUCAACAGCUUCUACAACUCCAAGGGAAUCGAGUUCUACGCCGACCACUUUGAGACUCUGACAGCAGAGCAACCAAAGCUCAUUGGUGAGGCAACUCCAUUCUAUGUGAACAACCCAUUCACUGCCGCUCGUAUGUUUGCCACCCUCAGAAAUGUCAAGAUGAUCAUGAUGUUGCGUGAUCCAGUCGAUCGUGUCUUCUCACAAUACCAUUUCUCACUCCAGUGGAUCUCCAAGAAUCGUGAGUCAGCACCAAAGAUCACUGAUCCAGCCGAUUUCGAGACAAUGGUUCGGGAAGAGAUCGAUGUCAUCGAGACAUGCGUUCGUGGUCAAGAGAAAUUCAAAGAGCAACAAGAGGAAUUCAAGAAAUCCAACCGUCCAGCCGACGAAUUUGACUUGCAGAACCCAUUCUACAUCAACCACGCCUACAAGAACUGGACAUUCUACAAGGAUUGCGCCAAAUGCGACAAGUGCUUCCAAACCGGAGGUAUUAUGCACACAUCUGGACAUCCAUCGUUUGGUAUGAUCGCCAAGAGUUUGUACUAUGAACAAUUGUAUCAUUGGUUAUCUUAUUUCCCAAUGGAUCAAUUUUUAUUUAUUAGAUAUGAAGAUAUUCAAAGUUAUCCAGAGAAAGUUUUGAGAGAUUUAGAAAUAUUUUUAGGUUUACCAGCAUUUGAUUAUGGUGAAUUCACACCAAAGAAUGCAGGAUCACACACACAAAUGAAUCCAGAAACAAGACAACUUUUAGUUGAUUACUUUAAACCACACAACGAGAAGCUUUUCAAACUUUUGAAUAAAGAUUUUAAUUGGUCAACAUAA